GCGCGCAUCACUACUCCAAUUGUGAUUUUAAACACUUCAGACUGAACGACAUCAAAAAAGAGAAAGGCCACUUUUAAAACAGUUAUUUUCUCCGAAGAUUUUUUUGCAUGCAUCCUCUUCUCUCAAAUGGAACAAAGCGGAGCUUUAUGCAUACUACCUGCCAGAGAAGAUAAUAACGACAUGCAAACGCGUUGUUAAUUGGAUUCCUGGGUCCUUUAAGGAGGGUUUGGCCACUGUUAAAUAGAAGAGCCAGUUUUAAAUGAUCGGAUCGAUUUGGUGUGAGUUAUCAUCUGGAAUUCUACAUCAAAACUGGGAUCUAUGAGCGGGAAAGCAUUACUAAAGACUAAAGAAGAUAAGGAUGCAACCAAGGAGCCCCAGCUCAAGGGGAUAGUCACCAAGCUCUGCAGUCGACAAGGCUUUCAUCUACAACUCCAAGCUGAUGGGACCAUUGAUGGUACAAAAGAGGAAGAUAAUAGUUAUGCUAUUUUCAACCUCAUCCCUGUUGGACUCCGGGUGGUGGCUAUACAGGGUGUCCAGACAAAGCUCUACCUGGCCAUGAACAACGAGGGCUACCUGUACACCUCUGAGCACUUCACGCCAGAGUGCAAAUUCAAAGAGUCAGUGUUUGAGAACUAUUAUGUGACCUACUCGUCAAUGAUCUAUCGGCAGCAGCAGUCGGGCCGAGGCUGGUACCUGGGUUUCAACAAAGAGGGUCAAAUCAUGAAGGGCAACCAUGUGAAGAAGACUAAACCGGCUGCACACUUCAUCCCCAAACCUCUCAAAGUUGCUAUGUACAGAGAGCCGUCACUCCACGAUCUGACUGAGUUCUCCCGCUCCGGAAGUGGUACUCCGACCAAGAGCCGCAGCGCCUCGGCUGUGCUCAACGGUGGCAAAACUCUGAGCCAGAACGAGUCAACAUAGCCACAGGGCACAACUGUUGUCUGCUGCUGUACAACUGCUGGACUCUUCCCAUCAACUAAAUAGCACAAAUGUGUUUACAUGAGUGUGACGAAACCCUUAGCUCGUCGCUAGCCAGCGUUUCCUGAAAUCACUGUGAUGAGAACACAAGUGCAAAAUCUUUCCAAGAAAACCUACAUUGUACAGUCUACUGCAGGUCAACCUCGUGAGACAAACCAAUCAAGCCAUCUUACUGAUGUAGGGAUCCCUUUGCGGACAAUCCCUUUUUCCAUGUGUAGCAUACCUACAGAGUUGUGAUCCUCUCUUAAGACAUUGUCUCUCCCAAGGCAUUGUCACAGAAUCUUUUGGAACACCUACUUUUGUCUUUUGCUCCAUUUCUUCUUAGGGAUGCCAACUCCAUAGUGCUGUGUCAGCUGCAAUAUGACAAUAGCAGCUUGUGAGACCUAUUUAAUGCUAUAAGGAAGCAGAAAUCCUAAAUGUUUUGGAUACAUGAUUUGAGUCUUUCAGCUCAGCUUUUUUGAGGCAGUGGUUCAUUGUUAUGUGCUUUUUAGAGGAGGAAUUUUGCUCCUUGCUCCUCAUUUUCUGUCUUUCCAGCUUUCCUCCACAUAUUGCUAUUCUGCAAAUUAAACAGAUUUAGGGUUCAGUCUGUCUGCACACCAAAGAUGUCAUUAGUCUCUUUGUGUGGAGGUGAAUCAAUUUGUGUAAUUUCGGCUUUUUCAGACAGAUGGUUUUGAGAAUACUGAAAGAGCGAAUGUCAUUUAGUCAGAGGAAAUGUAAUCAGAAUAGAUGAAGGCCACUUUCUGUUUGCCGCUUCUUUAUGUGUUUUUUGUCUGGUAAUGUCUUCCUUUACUUGUCUUCUAAUUUUGGAACCCAGCAUCUUGGAAGAAAAAAUCUAAUCAGAACAUGUCUAAAUUAUUGAUUAGCAUCGACACGGUAAGAUUUCUGUUAUGUAAACACAGGGCAGGCUUUUUUCCCUUCAAACAAAAAUGUAAUGAAAUCCAAGCAAGAGGUUCCUUCCAUAUAACCUCUGGUUAUAAUUUUUGUCAAAUUCCUCUUUUUUUAUGUGUGUAUGAAGCAUAUGUAAUGCAUGGGGGACAGUGGACGAUGCAUGUUGUGUGGCUAUGUAUAUUAACUUAUAAUAUGGAACCAUGUGCUCUAAUGGAUACUUGAGUAAAAUACAAUUGUGUGUGUGAUAUAUAUAUAUAUAUAUAUAUAUAUAUAUAUAUAUAUAUAUAUAUGCAUUUUAUCCUGCUACUCACCCGUUUAUUAUUUUGUUGUACAUUUAUAAAGCUGCACUGAAUAAAAUGUUUUGUAU